AUGGCGGACGCCAUUUUGAACGGAGAAGAUGACCUUCUCUCGGAGAAGGAUUACUCAGUGGGGCUGGUCCAAUUCGCCCCGACCAACAGCGCGCCGUCCAAGGGCGCCGAGAACGGAUCCACCCUGGCGACGGAGGAGAGCGGAGAGCCGCAGGAGGCUCGGGGAGUCGCCACUCAGCCCAAGCAGAAAAAGGCGCGAAAAGCGGCACCGACCCUUGCCGGCGCUAAACGCAGGAAGCGCGGCAGCGGAAAGUUCAACGGCGCAGCGAGAGCCAGCGGGAAAGCCCCGACUGUCUACUUGCGGAUCCAGCCCUCCUCAACAGCAAUUUCGCCCGCGACUUCAGAUCCCGUGGCGAUGGACGGUCUCCCGUUGGGAGGUGUUGCAGAUGUGAGAAAGAUGGUGCGUGAGAAGGAAGCUAGAAGGAUAGUUGUGGAAAAAGACAAUGAUCGGCAGAUGAAAGGAAAAUCUGGAGAUCAAGCAGUUCCAAAGCGAGGCCGCAGAAGGAAAAGGAAAGCAAUACAGAAUCCAUAUAAAUGCUUGGAGUGUGGAAAGCGCUUCUCUCGGAAUAGCACCCUAACUAAACAUAAAAAGGUUCACACAGGAGAGAAGCCAUAUAAAUGCUUGGAGUGUGGAAAGUGCUUCUCUCAGAAUAGCAGCCUUACUGUACAUCAGAAGAUUCACACAGGGGAGAAGCCAUUUAAAUGUCUGGAGUGUGGAAAGUGCUUCACUUGCAAUGGCUCCCUAACUAAACAUCAAAAGAUUCACACAGGGGAGAAGCCAUUUAAAUGUCUAGACUGUGGAAAGUGCUUCACUCAGAAUGGCACCCUAACUAAACAUGAAAAGAUUCACACAGGGGAGAAGCCAUAUAAAUGCUUGAAGUGUGGAAAGAGCUUCUCUCGGAUUGACACCCUAACUGAACAUCAAAAGCUUCACAUAAAGGAGAAGCGAUAUGAAUGCUUGGAGUGUGGAAAGUGCUUCUCUCAGAAUAGUACCCUAACUAAACAUAAAAAGGUUCACACAGGAGAGAAGCCAUAUAAAUGCUUGGAGUGUGCAAAGUGCUUCUCUCAGAAUAGCAACCUUACAGCACAUCAGAAGAUUCACACAGGGGAGAAGCCAUAUAAAUGCCUGAAGUGUAGAAAGUGCUUCUCUUGGAAUGACAGCCUAACUGCGCAUCAAAGAGUUCACACAGGGGAGAAGCCAUAUGAAUGCUCGGAGUGUGGAAAGUGCUUCUCUCGGAAUGACAGCCUAACUGCACAUCAAAAGAUUCACACAGGGGAGAAGCCAUAUAAAUGCUUGGAGUGUGGAAAGUGCUUCUCUCAGAAUGCCCACCUAACUGCACAUCAAAAGAUUCACACAGGGGUGAAGCCAUAUAAAUGCUUGGAGUGUGGAAAGUGCUUCUCUUGGAAUAGCAACCUAACUAAACAUGAAAAGAUUCACACAGGAGUGAAGCCAUAUGAAUGCUUGGAGUGUGGAAAGUGCUUCUGUCGGAAUGACCGCCUAACUGCACACCAAAAUAUUCACACAGGGAAGAAGCCAUAUAAAUGCUUGGAGUGUGGAAAGUGCUUUUCUCAGAAUAGCAACCUUACUGCACAUCAGAAGAUUCACACAGGGGAGAAGCCAUUUAAAUGUCUGGAGUGUGGAAAGUGCUUCACUCGCAAUAGCUCCCUAACUAAACAUCAAAAGAUUCACACAGGGGAGAAGCCAUAUAAAUGCUCGGAGUGUGGAAAGUGCUUCACUCAGAAUGGCUCCCUAACUAAACAUGAAAAGAUUCACACAGGGAAGAAGCCAUAUGAAUGCUUGGAGUGUGGAAAGUGCUUCUCUCAGAAUAGCAACCUUACUGCACAUCAGAAGAUUCACACAGGGGAGAAGCCAUUUAAAUGUCUGGAGUGUGGAAAGUGCUUCACUUGCAAUGGCUCCCUAACUAAACAUGAAAAGAUUCACACAGGGGAGAAGCCAUAUAAAUGCUUGGAGUGUGGAAAGUGCUUCUCUCAGAAUGACCGCCUAACUGCACAUCAGAAGAUUCACAUAGGGGAGAAGCCAUAA